UGCUGCUGUCAGUGAGUGUAUUGAUAAGUCUUUAGACUGGCUGGCGUGGAAUAGAGAAAACAGUGAUUAAUGAUAUCUGGGAAGGAUUUGCUAUGUUAAUUAGAGAUUAAUGAUUUAAAAGAUGAAGACGAUGUGGCUAUUAUGGAUUUUGAGUGACUAGUCUUCCCAGACCAUCACAUCAGCACCUUGGGACGUCAUCCCCGGAGGAUGUGAUAGCAUGAUCCCUUGCACAUGGAAGGACAGUGCAUAGGAGAGGCAUACCAGAUCAUCCUGUGAUGUUUUUUUAUUUCUUUUAAUUUAAACAUCUGUUUGAACCGAUUCAAGAUGGAAGAAAAUAACAGCGAAAGGGCCAGAGAUUCAAGUGGAGCGAAGACCAACCCAAAAGAUGAGACCAAUGGUGCAUGCUCAUCCCCAGAGGACCAAAAAAUUACGAACAAGGGAACAAGUGAGGGGGACCAUCUUACUGAGGCAGGCAAGGAAGCGGAGGACUGCUGUAAUGGGGAAAUUUACAAGAAGAAAGAUGUGUCAGAAGGGCAGAAAGUGGAGGAUGUAACUGGAUCAUCUUCAGAAAAUGAGGCUUCAGAAAUGGCCGAGUUAUACAAAUAUAGUGAUAGAACCGUGGCCAAGAAAUCAAGAAACCAGCCUGUGUCAGCAUUUGUGACAUUGCAAUUCAGCUCCUGGGACAAGCACCUCAGAAAAUGGAAAGACAUGAAACUCAAAAAUGGGAAAUUAGAGUUGAUAUGGCUCCAUAAGUGUUCAGCCACCAAGGAGUCCGUUAAUCUCUAUGAUUCAAAUGACAUGACCAUCAGGUGCCACCAAGCACCUAGUUAUUUUUUAUCAUCAUUCAGGCAGUUUAUUCAGCAAACAGAUCAAACUGCUUUGAUUAUGUUUUUUUUUUUUUCGGAGAUAUUGCUUGAAUCUUUCCCUUAUAUAAUUUUAAAAUGUCUCCCUUUUAUUGAAUUAUUUACACAUAUAAAGUUUUACUUGAUUCCUCGCCUUACAGAUGAGUUACGGCGCAAGGCUUGGCCGCGCCUCAUGAUGAUCGAGCACAUGGAAGUGACCCCCAAACCCACCCUGGACACGAUCAAAAGCCACAAGGAUUACCAGCAGGUGGUGCUCGAUGUCAACCGGUCCCUCAAACGCUUCCCUCCUGGCAUAGAUGAUGAUUACAGGCUGGUUCUGAUGGACCAGCUCACCACUCUCAUUAUUAGGAUUCUCAUGAAGCAUCCUGAACUGAAUUAUUAUCAGGGUUUUCAUGACGUUGCUAUAACAUUCCUUCUGGUCAUGGGCGAAGAUGUUGGUUAUGAGAUGGUAGAGAAGCUCUCUGUCACACACCUGAGUGAGUUCAUGCGGCCAACGAUGGAGAAGACCACAUAUUACCUCACCUACAUAUAUCCCAUUCUUCGAAGGGCAGACACCAAGCUGUACCAGUUUUUGAUAGAUUCAGGUGUAGGAACCGUGUUUUGUUUGCCCUGGCUUAUUACAUGGUUCGCUCACACACUCUCUGACUACCGCAAUGUGGUGAGGUUAUACGACUGCUUCUUGGCUUCCCCUUAUCUCAUGCCGAUGUACAUAGCUGCAGCGAUUGUUUUACACAAGAAAGAAGAUGUUUUAGCUGGAGAAUGUGAUAUGGCAAUGCAACAUUAUAUUCUUUCACAGGUUCCCGAUACAUUACCUCUGGAGCGCAUCCUAGUAGAUGCAGGGGAAUUAUAUAACCUUUAUCCACCUGACACUUUACAAGAUGAAGUCAAUGAGUUUCUGCAGAAAAAGGCCGAAGAAGAGAAGCUGGAGAAGCAGCAAGUCCUCGAGAGACGCAAGAAGUUCGAAGCAGCGCGAAGAGGUCAGAAUUACCGGGGGAUCCUUGCAACGGUGUUCAGAUACCUUCCACUGGUGCCAGCUCAGAGGAACAUGCUCGUGAAGGUGGCCGCCUUUGCAGUGACUGCGUACAUUGCCACUAGCCUUUAUAGCUACUAUUCCAAUUCAGCUCUUGUGUUUCCUUUUGUAGCAAAACGAUGAUGAUAUAUGAAUUACAGUGCAUAGCUCUUAGUUCCUAGUCAGUUUCAUCACCUAGUCUUUCACUCUGCUCGAUUAUUUUUAAAAAAUUGAAUGAUGGGUAGUAAACUUUAUCUUUUUGCUCUGUAAACUAAUAAAAUAAUGGAAGAAGUAUGUUAAAUGUAUAUAACAUAAUUAUAUUGUACAGAGUUUUAGAGUUUUUUGUUUUUCUUUUUGUAUUUUCAGAAUAUAUAAUAUUAGCAUGUCAGUUUGUUAUAUUCAGGGCUCAUAAUUUAGAGUUUUUGUAAAGUUUACUAUGGAAUAAAGUGGUUGUUUAA